AUGUGGUAUGGCCAACGACUGAAGUUUGCCAUGUUGAUACAAGUCCUCCCUGGCUUCACCAUUCCAUUUUAUAUUCUUACCAAUGAUGUACGGCUUCAGAGAACCCCGAGUGGAGGCCUUGUGCCAGCAAUUGUUGACAAGAAGGUGACAGCGUCGUAUUUCACUGCAGCUGGUAUCUGGAUGGCAGCUCACUGCCUAUUUCUUGUAGUGGCAUAUUGCUAUCUAUUCAUUGUCAUUCGAAAGAGGCACGAAGCUCAACUUAAGGUUGGAUCAAGAAACUUGAAAAAAGAUGGCGGUACGUGGGCUCAACGAGAUCGCUUCAAAGAGAUGUCGAAGCGAAGAGAAUUCCGCUUGUUCCUUAUGGCUUCAUCUAUA